UCAAACCUCUGAGGACUCGUUCUCUGCUUUCAGGCCAGCUAAAGUCUGUCACGCUCAGUCUGCCCUGGUUCAACACUUUGGGUUCACUGUUGUAUUAUUCAUGUGUUACUGCAGGACAAACGUGUCUUUAUGCCUGUUUGUGUUUCUUCUCUCGCUUUGCCACCAGCUGUGUGUUUGUGUCCAAUCUAAACGAGUCUUCAGCAGCACCAGACCUCCAGCAGGACCACCAGUCCAUCCAGUCAGUACUGCAGAAGGAUCUGGUCAUGAACGUGUUCAGGGAUGGACGCUGGGGCACCUUCAGACACCAGCUCAUCACUCAUGAUGUAAAUGAAGCGCCGACCGAGGCCGCUUACGUCAACGUGCUGACACGCGGUGACCUGUCGUCUCUGCGCUGGAUCGCGUCCCCGCUUCGCCACUUUGUGAGCAGCAGCCCUGCUGUGCAGCUGUGCCACGUCUACUACAGCUCGCUCAACUUCAAAGACAUCAUGCUGGCUACUGGCAAGCUGCCGCCUGACGCCAUCCUAGAUAGUGUGUCUGUACACACCAAGUAAUGCCACACUCUGCUG